UCCUCGUCUGCCCCGUCGGUUGGCCUCUACGCGUAGGAAUAUCACUGACGUGUCCCCGCGCUGAGGCUCGUCUACGACAUACGUGCGUACAAUUCGUCGGCUCACUGCGGCUCACGCCUCGCCGAUAAUCUAGCCCCGCGCCUCGCAUAGAAUUAGCCGGGAAAUACCGCCAGUCAUUGGGCUGCGAGCGAGCGUAACGUCCCGUGCGACGCGUCGAUCGUCAGAAGUGAAGAAGAAGAAGAAGAGUUGAACCCGUUGAGGCCCUCCCCGAAGCGAAUCGAGCGACGGCAAAAUUAUGGCAUCGAUCCCGAACCUGAACGCUUUCUUCAACUCCUUCAGCACCACGCUAAAUUCGCCGGUCAAGCAACAUUUAAAGAAUGUCUACGGUUGUCUAUCCCUGUCUACCGUGGCGGCAGCUUCCGGUGCUUUUGUGCAUAUGUACACGCAACUCCUCCAGGCCAACCUGCUGACGACUAUCGGCACCAUAGGCCUUCUCAUCGCGCUGAUGUCCACACCUGACAACGGCAAGAAUCAGAAACUACGUCUCAGUUAUCUCCUGGGAUUCGCAUUUCUGUCCGGGCUUGGUUUAGGACCUUUGCUUGAAUUGGUGGUCAACAUAGAUCCGAGUAUCGUGAUAACAGCAUUAAUGGGUACAACGGUCAUCUUUGUUUCCUUUAGCUUUUCCGCGCUUUUUGCUCCACGUGGCCGUUGGCUGUAUCUCGGGGGUACUUUAAUGAGUAUACUGAACAUCAUGCUCCUGUCCUCCUUCUUAAAUCUGUUCGUGCGCUCAUUCUUCAUUAUGCAAGCGCACUUGUAUUUGGGAUUCUUGGUAAUGUGCGGCUUCAUUAUUUACGACACGCAACUGAUCAUCGAAAAGUAUCACAUGGGCAGUAGGGACUUUAUCAUGCACUCCUUGGAUUUGUUCAUCGACUUUGUGAGCGUUUUCCGACAUCUCCUUGUAAUACUUAUACAAAAGGAAUCGUCCAAGGAUUCGCGCAAACGUAAAGAUUGAGCGAAAAACAAGACGGGUAAUGUGGUGCAUUCAAGUAAAUCCAUAAACUAGAGGUCUUCAUGUAAUCUAUCCAUACUUAGGUAUCUGUGUACAUAUACAUACUGGAAAAAUUAUAUAAAUACCGAUAUACACCACGUCAUACACAUAUGAUAUGUAAUAAUUAACAUCUCUUUAGCGAAUGCGAUAUGAGACUAUAUAAAUAUAUUUAAAACAAAAUUCAUAUAAAAUCAGCUCGUAAAAUUUAAUACAAUUUAAAUGUCACGGCCAAUGAAACAAGUAAAAAUUUUGUUGUCAAUAUAAGUAAAAUCUUUAUGUUGACAGUAAAAUUAUUGCUUGUUUUAUUGGCUUUUUAUUGACAUUACUUAAAUUGUUUUAAAUAUAUUUACUAUAUUGACAAAAAAAGGAAAAUGUUAAAUACAGUUUGUUUAUUAUAAAAGAAAGUUGGCUUCUCUUACGUCCGAUUAUACAGACGAAGACAUGCCGUAAUUUAUUUUCGUCAUGUAUUUGAGUUUAUAAUUCUCCAUCAAAUUUGUAUACAUAUAAUAUAUAUAUUAUAUAUAUAUAUAAAAAUUAGCUGUGUAUUAUAUUUUCAACUUUCAAUAAACGAAUUUUCCCAA